AUGGGCGCAAUAGAGAUCCCUCCUUUCGAGAAUACUCCGAUCGAGGAGAUUCAGUCCCGUGUCUCGACGGUGCGCCAGACUUUCAAUGCACACAAGACCCGCGAUGUGGAGUACCGGCUGGUCCAACUCCGCAAGCUAUACUGGGCUGUGAAAGAUCAUCUAGAGGAAAUGCGCGAGGCGCUCCGACGGGACCUCAACCGACCGGAUUUCGAGACCGAGCUCGGCGACACUAACUGGGUCCUGAACGACAUCGUUUUCGUGUGUCGCAAUCUGCAGAAAUGGGUCAAAGAUGAGAAGGCGGAGAAUAUCGAUAUCACGUUCAAAUUCGUGAGCCCGAAGAUUCGGAAGGAUCCUCUGGGCUGUGUUUUGGUUAUUGGGCCGUUCAACUACCCGUUCCAGUUGACUCUGGGUCCGGUGAUUGGUGCUAUCGCCGCCGGUUGCACAGUGGUGGUCAAGCCUAGUGAAAAGUCCUCCCACAGCGCAUCGGUGAUCCAGCGGAUCAUCGAGGCGGCGCUCGAUCCGGAGGCUUACACCGUGGUGCAGGGAGGAGUCCCGGAGACUCAGGCGCUCCUUGCGGAGCGGUGGGAUAAGAUCUUCUUCACCGGGAGUGCGAAUGUCGGCCGAAUCAUCUGCAAGGCAGCUGCGCCCCAUAUGACCCCCGUCGUGCUGGAGCUGGGCGGUCGCAACCCCGCGAUCAUUUCUAAGAAUGCUGAUCCCAAGCUGGUGGCGCGUCGCAUGCUGUGGGGAAAGGUCACAAAUGCCGGACAGAUCUGUACGUCGCAGAAUUAUAUGCUCGUGGAGAAACCCAUCCUGCCCGCGGUGGUGGAUGAGUUUAAGAAGGCGUACAGCGAGUUCUUCCCGCAUGGAGCCAAGACCUCCCCCGACCUCAGUCGCAUCAUCGAUGAUGCUUCGUUCCAGCGAAUCAAGAGGAUGAUCGAUAACACCAAGGGCAAGAUCCUUCUUGGAGGAACGAUGGAUGAGAAAGAGCGCUUCAUCGAGCCCACGCUCAUUCAGAUUGACUCGGUCGAUGACUCCCUGGUCGCCGAGGAGAGCUUCGGUCCCCUGUUGACCAUUCUCCCCGUCGAUAGCAUCGACGAGGCGAUUGAGAUCGCCAACGGCGUGCAGUCUACGCCUUUGGCUCUCUACCCAUUCGGCACCAAGGCCGAAGCCGAGAAGAUUCUCUCCCAGACCCGCUCCGGAGGUGUCUCCAUCAACGACGCCGCGCUGCACAUCCCCACUCUCGAAUUCGGCGGUGUGGGCGAGAGUGGCAGCGGCUCCUACCGUGGCAAGGCCAGCUUCGACGUCUUCGUACACCGCCGCACCAUCACCACCAGCCCGGGCUGGAUCGAAUCCGCGCUGGCCGUCCGCUACCCACCCUUCGGCAAGAAGCAGGAAUUCUUCAUAAAGGCUGGUAGCCUGACGCCGGACUUUGAUCGCAACGGAGAGAAGCUCCGACUCGGCUGGCUCCGCUAUUUCUUCACUCUCGGCGGUGGAUCUGUCAAGUCCGGCGUUACUCGUGCCACCAUUGUCGCUGCGGGUGAGUGA